AUGUCUUCGGGAUUCGUUUCAGCCGGAACCAACGAGCAACCGAUCGAGCGGGACGAUGAAUGGCUCAAAGCGCAACAAGAGCUGGAGGAGGAGCGGAGGCGAAAGGCCGAGAUAGGCAAGCAGGAUGACGGCAAAAGCCUCUUUGAGGUCUUGGAGCGGAACAAAAUGGCCAAACAAGAAGCCUUCGAGGAGAAAGCCCGACUCAAGAACCAGUUCCGUUCGUUGGACGAAGACGAGGUCGAAUUUUUGGAUUCGGUUCUUGAAUCAACAAGAGCCCAGGAGGCCGCCGUGAAGCGGGAUACGGCUGACCAGCUAGAGGUCUUUCGUCGACAGCGCGAAGAGGCCGAGAAGGCACUACUUGGACCGACGUCGUCGGAUGUCACACCUGCGGAGGAAGAGGAAUGGACUGCACCCGCGCGCAAGAGGCGCCGCGACAAGCAGAAGGAUCUUUUGAUUCCCGGGAAGAAGCGCAAGGCUUCGCUGACCGAGAACAGUGCCAAGUCCAGCUCCCAGGAACAAGAGUCACAGAAGCCUGGAGCUGACAGCGGAUCAAAGCCCAAGCAGCCGGAGCAACAAAAGUCCAAGCCUAGUCAAGUCGCCGCAUCCACAAACCCCAAGACCGCUACAAAUUCCGAGCAAAGUCAACCACAAACCAAGCCGCCGGCGAAACCAGCCCCGGUCUCACUCGGUCUGGCGGGAUAUAGCUCUGAUUCAGAGUGA